AUGCAAGUAAUCUUUAGCUUUCUGCCAGAAUACGAUCAGGACGACGACGACAGUGCCGCACGUCGCUUCGUGACUGCGGCGGAGCGGCAAAAGGAGGCGGAGCACGACCGUCGCCUGCGCGAGGAGGCGCGUCGCGAGUUAGAGAAUCUGCGCGAUGAGCCACUGAGCGACGCCGGCGACUCGGGGCAGCGCAGUGAUGACGAGGAGGACCAGGGAUCGGAGGAGGCGAAUCUUGCCGACUUUGAAACAAACGAGUUCAUGCACUGGAUUGAGGCCGGCGCCGCUGACCACUUUUCCGCACCGCGGCACCAGAUCGAUGAGGAGGGCUUACGCGACGACCUCGAGUUCAAGUUGGAGCAGACGGGGCUUGGCAAGACUACGGAGUCCGCAGUGCGUGCGACAUGUCCUGAGCGGCUCAAGGAGGCCCUCGUGGAGCCUCGAGUGCUCCCAGACGGUAGCGUGUGCGAGUUCUCCCUCCAGCGCGAGGUUUACUGGGUGCUGCGUCAGCUGCGCAAUGCGGGUCAGCCUUUUGCACACAAUACGCGCAUCUGCGCUCUCGCCAGUCGCCCGCUCGCCGAGAUCGUCGACGAGCCGGUGGUGGUCGCGCUGGGGUACGCACUGCAGAAGAUGACGACAGAGCACUAUGAGCCUGGCCACCUCAUGGUGUACCACCAGACGCCCUUGCAUCCACUCCUGUGCGCGUUGUUGGAGGGGUCAGUGCUGACCGAAGACGCCAGGCACACCAUCGCGUCGGCGUCCUACGCGUACAACACCACCACCGGCCAGCGCCAGGAGCCGGCCAUCGGCGAAACCUAUGUCGGAUUCGACGCUUUAGCGCGUCACUCCAUCGGCGAAGGCGACCCGCUGUGGUACAUCGACCGCCGUGAGCGUCAUUACGCCCAGCGCAAGCCGUGCUUCAUCGAGCUUGGCCGCCUCCUCGUGCGCCUCGUGGAGUUGAACCGUCUGUUUCUCGGCCUCGAGUACCGUCGGCAGCGCAUGAUUGCCUCCCUCAAGGACCACCCGGACGCCCGUGUGCAGGAUCAACGGACGAUCCUCAACUCCCUCGUAUUUGAGAGCGCAGUGGAGGCGGACAUCUGGCUGACCUUUGUAGACAGCCUGCAGGGUCUGCACGGCACAGACCCCUACCUGCGCAUUCGAGAGCUGGGCCUCGAGGACGCUUUUGAAGAGUUCAGCAUCACCGGCCUGCAGUAUCAGGAGAACCUGCGCUCCAACACGGCAGUGACGCUGUGCCCGAGCAAUGCGCACAUGAGGUUGCACGACUGGGCCGCGAAUGUCGGUCGAACGCUAGCGCGGCCACUAGACGGUGAGCAGAUUCUCUCCUUGUUCACGAAGGCGCUGGUAUCGCAGUUCUCCAAGGCGCCGGUGCUGGCUAGUAUGGUGGUUGAUGUCUUCUGCGCCGAGGGCGACCUCAUCGUCAGCUACAAGCGCUCAGAGCGCUCGGACCAGAUCUUCUCGCUGGCCAGCAUGUUCACGGAGCACGCGCAGUACUUCCUGGAGCUUCUCGAGAUGGAGCGCAAUGACCUCGUGAGGCUGUACUUUGUGCUGGAUCAGAAACUUGUGUACGACAUCCUCAACCUCGAAGGCCUUUACCAGCGCCGCGAGGACACAGAUUGGUGGCGCGCGCGCGACGAGGCGAUGAGCUUCGUUGUUAUUCGCCUGUUGGAGGUGCUUCCAACGCAGGUGCGUGCUCAGCUUACCGCAAACGCCGAGUACGUUGUGAGCGUGUCGUCAGCGCAGCGCCUCAGUACCUUCUGCACACAGGGUCCGUACGCCGCGACCCGGCUUCAGCUCAGCGACUUCGAUGGCGCUGCGCGGGUGUGGGAACCGCAGUGGAACGUCGUGGAGGCGCUCCCCGCAACCAAGGAGGCGCACGACGUCAGCCGCGUCUGUGCAGUCUAUCGCGGCAACAGCGGCGUCACGGCCUUCACCUUCAUCGAUGAGCAUGGCACCGUUGUGGGCACGACGCGUUGGGUGGACUGCGCUGUGUCGACUGUGAGCGGGCGGGAGCGGGCGGUGCUGCAGGCGGCACAGCUGCGGAAGCUGUUCACGCAGUGCCGACCUACGGUGGUGGCCAUCGGAGCCUCCUCCACCGCGUGUCUGCCUCUCUUGCGCACUCUCGAGAACUUUGUGCGAGAGCAGGUUCAUCAGAGCACCUUUGUCGACGUGCCCGUUGUGUGGGCGAGUGUGGAAGUGCCACGGUACUACAGCGUCACGACGUAUGCGCGGUUAGAGCUGCCUCAGACAGAGAACAUUGUGGUGACGAGCGUGGCUCUCGCCCGCUACGUGCAGGACCCGCUGCAGGUGCUGUGCUCCUUGUUCGAGGGCGAGCAGACGGCGCUGCAGCUGUGCCGCACGAUACGCAUCUCACCCUCGCACGACCGCCAGCUCUAUCAGCGUCUGGCGUGGGAGAUGAGUCUGUGGGUGGCGGCGGUGGGCCUGUGGGUCGGCGAUAUCGUGUUCCGCCCCAACGCUGCUGCGACGCUGCAGUUUGUUCCCGGCCUCGGCCCUGCCAAAGCGCGUGCGUUGGCCAGCGCCAUCCUUCACUCCGACGUCCCGCAAAGCCGACGGCAAGUGGAGCAGCUUCUGCAGCCCUACGGGGCCGCAAUCGUGCAGAACGCCGCGCCGGUGCUGCGGGUUCGCUCGCCGGAGCAAUGCGAGGCGGAGCUCCCGUGGCACCCUCUCGAUGCAACACUGAUCCCGUCGCAGUGGUACACGAUCGCUUGCAUGGUGGCAAAGGCGACCGCCUCCUCAUCGACACUGCCGGCAGAAGCGCUGCUAGUGGGGCUGCUUGGGAUGGCGCAGGAGGAGCGCCGAGCUGCACUCUACCGCGUCGAUGUGCCCUCUGUGGUUGCCAAGGCCAAGGCGAGUGCCGCGGCCCUGGCCGACGUGGGCCGUCGUGAGGUGGAGCUUGUCGUGGACGAGCUUGUUGCCAAUGGACGCUCCUUUGCGCGCCGCCCGUACCGCCGCCUCACGAACGUCGAGUUCAUGAGUUGCAUUACCGGCAUCACGUAUCUCUCCAGUGCUGACAUCAACGCGCUGUCGAAGGGGGCUGGGGCAGGAAGCGGCAGCGGAAGCCGUGGCACCUUCGUGGUGCGCGAGGGCGACUACGUCACGGGUACAGUAACAAACGUUCAGGGCGGCUCCACGCCUGGCAUCCGGCUCGCCACCUCGCGCGGCGUGACUGCUUUUAUCGCGGCAGCGGAUAUCCGCGAUGAGGCGAUGCGUGUAGACCUUCUCGAGUAUAUUCGUCGGUCAGAGCAGCUGCAGGACUGGAAGCGCAACGAGAACGGUGAUGCGCGGCCGCCCGAGCGGGUGGAGGCGCCUGUGUGGCUUCGCCGCGGCGCUCUCCUGCAAGGCACCGUACGUCGCUGCGUAUGGGCGCGCUGUGAGCUGCAUCUCCAGUGGUGCCCCCCACGCGAGGAGCUGGCGGUGUCACGUGACGACAACGGUGAUGGGGAGACGGCGAUACCGUCGUACGGCAACAUGGAGCGCGGCGGCCCCAGCAGCAGCGUGAACUCGCUGAACACAGCGCAGGUGGAACAGCAGGUGCGUGUGUUCGCGACAAAGAUGUCGCGCCACCCGCUCUUCCGCGACGUUUCCAAGAACGGCGCAGCCGACAUGCUACGCGACAAGGAGAUUGGCGAGUCGCUUCUGCGCCCGCGCACCGCGAGUGUGCAUCGGGUGGUGUGUGAGGUGAAGGUCGGCAGCAACGCUACAAACCAUUGGGUCAUUUCCGAGGAGCGCCGCGCGAACGGCCAGUUCUACUACAAGGUCGAGGAUCGCGUCGUGGACCGGCAGUGGGAGUUCACCGACGUGGACGACUUUCUGUGCAACUUUGUGGAGCCGAUGGUGAAGCUCAUCCAGUCGAUUCGCGCGCACCGCCGCUUUGAGGACGGCACCGAAUACGUACAGGCCGCCCUCGACGCUCAACGCGAAGUGAGCGGCGGCUUUGCCUACGCCUUCGCCGAGACGGAAAACAAACGGCACCUCUACCAGGUGUACUCGAGCGGUGGCAACGAGACGUACCACUUUCCGCUGCACAUCACGAGCGAGUUCAUCUACAUUCGCCUACCCUUCUUCCACGAUGGGAAGGCGUGCAACAAGUGGGUGCCGUGCAAGAGUGCGGAGAAGGUAAGUGAGACCGUCAAGAACUACGCUCGCGCCAUGAGCAGCCGGUCAGUCAAUGGUGAGCUACAUUAG